AAUUGAAAUUUUCUUUUUUUUUCUUAAAUGUUUGUUCCAAAAUUAAAAUCUUCUGAUUGUCAUUAAACCCCACACUAAUGAGUCCAUCCGUUCCAUUCCAAACAACUUUAUUUGUUAGAUUUGAAAUUUCUUUGAAAUAAAAGGAAAGAUCCAAACCCCAUUCCUUCUCAGUCACAACAACUCCACCAUUUCCAAGAAUUUGAGCACAAAAUAGAAAAAAUGUCUUCUACUGUUGUUAGUGGGAUUUUAUGGGUUUUCUCCCUUUUGUUAUUCCUCACCAGUCUCCAUGAAAUCAAUGCAAAUGGGUUUGUAGAGAAUGUCACGGCGGUGGAGAUGGUGCCGCUAAUCGAGCCGGGCAAGGCGGAGAUGGUGUUGAUGUUGAACGAGACCCGGAGGAAGCUUGGGAGUUUUCAGAUUUGCUCACUUUGCACUUGCUGCGGUGGCGUCUCCAAAAGCUACUGUUUGCCUUCUCCUUGUUGCUAUGCCAUCAAUUGUAACAUACCAAACAGGCCCUUUGGUUAUUGCUCUUUCACUCCCAAGACUUGUAAUUGCUUUGGAUGCCAUCUCUAAAUCCGUGUUUGGUAAGUUAGAUUCGACUAGACCGUACUCUACUUGACUUUUCAAGUUCGAUUUAGUAAAGCAUACCAAACAUGGUAUUAAUUUUCUUGAUAAUAAAUUUCUUAUGUGUGGGAGUGGGACUAUCAAAUGUGAUAGGUGAGAAAAGAAUCUCUGUUGAUAGAGUUAUUGUUUGAGGAGUUGUUUUGUCCCCUCUUCUCCUCUUCCUUUAUCACUCUUUCUACCCAGUUCAAAAUUUGCUUGAACUAGUAAUAUUUUUUUAAUAUUAAUUAUGAUAUAGUUUUUGUGA